UGUAGCUAUCCACCACCUGUCUUUUGCCUCCACAAUUUUAAGGGUGUCUGGGUUUGAUAGGACAUGAGGAGGGACCCUCUGAACCCUGAUCCCUUUUCCAUAAGAUGAUAUAAGAGGUUGUAGAAUGAGGCGGUAGGGAGAAGGAUACUUUUUGUCAGAAAUGGAGUGUGGGGCCCUGCUCUGGUAAAGGGUUUCCUUCCCAAUGCGCGGUGUAAUAAGAAGGAAUGGCCGGUUUAGACAAGGGUGCGUGCGUGACUCUGACGGCGUCUAAGAUCGAUGCUUUUGACCGCCGGUUCUUCUCCUCAUCUACUGCACUUUGUUCGCUCUAGUUUCAAGUUUUUCCUGUACUGUGUGCGGAGAUUUUCCUUUUCUGCUUCCAUUUGCAGGCAGGGAGGAGAGCCCUUCUUUUUCGGUCUCUUUCUUUGGCGGCGGUUUCCUAGGAGGGUGUUGGGAUUCCAGUGGAUGUGUGAUAAUGGGGUCGAUGAACAAUUGGCUUGGGUUUUCUCUCUCGCCUCAGAUGGCUGUGGAAAUGCCUGAGCCAGGUGAUUCGCAGCCAAACCAUCAUGGGCAUGGCCAGGGUAACAAUUUUGGUAAUGGAGAGUGUUAUAAUGAGCUUGCACCAUCUUCUAUGGAGAUGCCUCCUCACAUGACACUCAGGCGAGAUGGGUCGCUGUGUAUCUUGGAGGCAUUCAACCGCGCUGAGAACCAAGAUUGGCAUAUAAAAGGUUUGGAGAAUUCUCGAAGCAUGGAUUUGGACUCAGACGUGCAAUCUCAGCAGCACAUGAUAGAUUCCGAUCUGUCAAUGUUUGAGGCCGGGAACUGCAGUGAGCAUAACAUAUCAUUGUCCAUUAAUGGCGAUAGAGAGGGCCCAAAGCUGGAAGAUUUUCUGGGUGGUGCAUCCCUGGGAGGUUCAGGUCACUACUCAGACGCUACUAAUUCCAUCUACAGAAGCUCAAAGAUAAUGGAUGGAUAUGAUAUCACAGCCAAUGAAUUGCCCUCUUCCAAGAGAAUUGCACAAAAUCCAGACCCACUGAGGGCUACCCAAAUUCAGACCACUGAUUCAUAUGAUCAAAACAACAGUGAAUGCAUGUUUCAGGACUGUAGCCUCCAGCUUCCUCAGACAAACAACAUGGCAGGAAUGACAUGGCUGAGAGCCCAACCAUGUCAUGAUAAUAACAAUACCGCAAAGAUGAGUACAUCUGUUGCUGCUAACAAGGACCAAUGCGUGGGCAACUUGACAACUAUACAAUCUCUGUCCUUGUCCAUGAGCCCUGGGUCGCAGUCCAGUCCUCCUUUAGCUCUUCCUGCACCACCACCCCAAAAUGCCAUUAAUGGUGAGGCCUCCUCUUCUGAGAGCAAGAAGCAUUCUCUUGACAAUGCAGUUGGCUGUGCUGCCAUAGUGGAAGCUUCUCCAAGGAAGUCUAUUGAUACUUUUGGGCAGAGAACUUCCAUCUAUAGAGGAGUCACCAGACACAGGUGGACUGGAAGAUAUGAGGCUCACUUGUGGGACAACAGCUGCAGGAGAGAGGGCCAGACCAGAAAGGGUCGACAAGUCUAUUUGGGUGGGUAUGACAAAGAAGACAAGGCGGCUAGGGCAUAUGAUCUUGCAGCUCUUAAAUAUUGGGGCACAACUACUACAACCAACUUUCCAAUUAACAAUUACGAGAAAGAGGUUGAGGAAAUGAAACAUAUGACAAGACAAGAAUACGUUGCAUCUCUGAGAAGAAAGAGCAGUGGAUUUUCUAGAGGAGCGUCAAUGUACCGUGGAGUAACCAGGCACCACCAGCACGGAAGGUGGCAGGCUAGAAUUGGAAGAGUAGCUGGAAACAAAGAUCUAUAUUUGGGAACAUUCAGUACACAAGAAGAGGCUGCUGAAGCAUAUGACAUUGCUGCCAUCAAAUUCAGAGGCCUCAAUGCUGUCACAAAUUUUGAUAUGAGCAGAUAUGAUGUGAAUAGUAUAAUUGAAAGCAGCACAUUACCCAUUGGAGGAGCUGCAAAACGGAUCAAGGAAGCUGAUAUAUCUGAUUUAAGUGUUGAAGGCUGUCGAACAGAUGAGGAUAUGAAUUCACAAAUCACAGACACCUUAACCAGUUACGCCAAUGCUCAUGGUAACUACCCAAGUGGACAUGCUGGAUGGCCUAUGAUUGCAUUUCAGCAGCAUGCAUAUAAUCAACAGAGGGCUGGGUGGUGCAAGCAGGAGCACAAUACCCAUAAUCAAGACUUGCAAAUGCAAUUGCACUCAACCACUCAAAAUUUUCUUCAGCCAUCAAUCAUGGAAUCAAAUGCUUCUGUGCUGCACAAUCUUAUGAGUUUGGAAUCUUCUGCUCCGGUUGAUGUCGCUAACUCAGCCUCCAAUAGUUCAGGAUUCAUGUGCAACGGUCUGUUCAUGUCCAAUUCAACUAUGCCAUCCCCAAUAACAGUAGCAGAUAAUGCUAGAGCUCCUCACUUCAUUAGUGACAAUGGGGGAAGCAGUUCAAAACCCUCUUCCACUUAUGAUAGUAUGAUAUCUUCAGACCCCUAUGCAAGAGGUUUAUAUUACUUACCACAGCAUUCACAAGCACUGGUCAAAGCUAACUAUGAAAGUCCUGUGUACAACAACUGGAUGACACCUCCUGUUCAGACCAUUGGACCAAGGCCUAAUUUGGCAGUGUGUCAUACAGCUCCUGUUUUCACUGUGUGGAGUGAUUCAUAGCCACAACCCGCUUGACAUCACUGGAGCAGUCCUUUAUAGGCUGUCUAAACCAAAGAAUGACUGGACUCUUUGGGUUACUGGGUGAUCAAAUUAUGGUCUGUCAUGUACACCUUAGCUCCCUAUUUUGAUCAUUUUUGGAAGGGUCUAAGGCUGUAGGUUUUGGCACUGGAAGACUUGUUUGCUCAACUGAUGUUCUUCUGCAGAAGCUAGAUGGACCGAAAACAAUGAAAUUAUCUAAAUGAAUAAAUCAAGCAAAAUUUUGUGGAUAUUCAGAUGCUUGAUUAAUUUUGAAGCACAAGGCCUUCCAUGCAUUCAAUGUGAUUUGCAAUGGCUCCGUUAGAAUUUUGUAAAUUCUCUAACAGAAUAAUGUAUAUGACGGUCCCUAUAAGAAUAUCUAAGGGGACAUCAAAUGAUCCUAUCUAGGGGAAAUCAACUGAUCCUACUUUAUUUUUCUGGCUUAGCCAGCAUUCAGCUCCAAAUGCAAGCAUUGUACAAACACAUUUUAAUACAGCCAAACAAAUUAUUGCGAA